AUGGAUCACGACGGGCCCAUGGAGGAGAUUCCCCACAGCCAUCAUCACCACCAUCACCUUCAAUACCAUACUCAUCAUCACCAUCAUGGACCUCCUCAUGAUCAUGAUAUGACACUCGGAGAGCAGAACAAGGCUCACUUCAACAAUGUUGCUCCCGCUGUGUUUCAGUGGCCUUGGAUCGUGGAGCUGUGCAAUCAGAUCACAAGGGAGCUCCGUGCAAACAUUGAUUGGAUUGGAAUUCAACCUCCGUCAACUCGACCUACCAAGAUCUUAGAUUAUGCCUGUGGAAACGGCGUUGCGUCUCGAGCUCUAGCACCGUUCGUUUCCAGUGUCCGAGGCAUAGACAUCUCCUCUGGAAUGGUGGAACAGUACAACGACAUGGCCUUGAAAGGAGGCUUCUCGCCCGAAAAAGUCAAGGCCGUCCAAGGCGAUCUAGUCGACCCGAAAUCAACGCCCUCCCCGGAACUCAACUCGCCCGAAUUUUUCAACUUUGACCUAAUAAUCAUGUGCAUGGCACUCCACCACGUCGAAGACCACGAAAAGAUGAUCGCAAAACUGUCGGAGCGGCUUCGAGAAGGUGGAGUGUUGAUCAUUGUCGACUGGGUUGCCAUCUCAGAGAGUAACUGCCCAGACGCCCCUCGAGCCAAAGCUCUAUCAAAUCACACCAUGACGCGUAUGGGAUUUACUGAAAAUGAUGUAAAGGGGGCUUACGAAAAAGCUGGUCUGGAGGACUGGGCUUGGAAGUGGGCUUCGACGAGGUCUCAGGUACCAAAGGAGAUUGGAGGAGAACAGCAGCUCUUCUUCUCCCGUGGACGGAAGCCAGUCCAGUAG